UUUCCCCCCCCUUUCCCCAUGGAAUCCCAGUGCGAUUACUCCAUGUACUUCCCGGCCGUUCCCUUCCCUCCGCGGGAAUUCCUGGCGGGAGAAUCCUCGGGCUACCGCGCGCUGCCGCGCCGCAACCACCUGUACCUGGGCGAGACCGUGCGCUUCCUGCUGGUGCUGCGCAAGAACCCCGGCAGCGCCGACAGGAAUCCCGACGGGAAUCCCGACGGGAAUCCCGACGGAACUCCCGCCAAUUCUGAUGGGAGCCCCGCCCACUCCGCCCGAAGCCACGCCCACUCCGCCGCCAAUUUCCCGGGAAAAACGCCGUGGGCUCAGCUGGCGGCGUCGCUGUCGGCGCUCGCCACCGUCACCAGCGGCGACGGCCGGGCCCGCGACGAGGAGGAGCCGCCCGGGGAUUUCGGGAGCGGCGCCGAGGAUCCCCGGGAGCUGUUCCGGGAGUGCCGCGCGCUGCUCACGCACUCCCGGGGCCCUCCGGGCGCCGCCGGCGCGGGGGUGAGCGGCGGAACCUUCCGGAAUUUCCGGGCGGGACACUUUGGUGACGCCGCGGUGUCCCCUUGGUGUCCCCAGAUCGUGGUGACCGUGUGGCAGCGGGACACGGAGCCGCCGGAGCUGCAGGAGGGGACAGGGCCAGGGCCAGGGCCAGACCAGGUGACAAUGACAGGGACAGGGACAGGGACAGGGACGGGGGGGUACCUGAGGCUGCUCCAGGGCCGCGCCCCCGGCCAGGUGUUCCGGCAGCAGCACGGGGCCUUCAAGGCACAAGGUGAGGUCCCCAAGUGUCCCCUCCCCAAUGGUGCCACCCCCAGGUGUCCCCUCAGUGCCACCCCUCAGUGUCCCCAUGGGGCCUUCAAGGCACAAGGUGAGGUCCCCAAGUGUCCCCAAGUGUCACCUCCCCAAUGGUGCCACCCCCAAGUGUCCCUUGAGUGUCCCCAAGUGUCCCCUCAGUGCCACCCCAGGUGUUCCGGCAGCAGCACGGGGCCUUCAAGGCACAAGGUGAGGUCCCCAAAGCGUCACCUUCCCCCCUCUGAUGUCCCCAAGUGCCCCCUGGGUGUCCUUUCCCCAGUGGUGACAUCCCCAAGUGGCCCCUCAGUGCCACCCCAGGUGUUCCGGCAGCAGCACGGGGCCUUCAAGGCACAAGUGGUGACAUCCCCAAGUGUCCCCUCAGUGCCACCCCAGGUGUUCCGGCAGCAGCACGGGGCCUUCAAGGCACAAGUGGUGACAUCCCCAAGUGGCCCCUCAGUGCCACCCCAGGUGUUCCGGCAGCAGCACGGGGCCUUCAAGGCACAAGUGGUGACAUCCCCAAGUGGCCCCUCAGUGCCACCCCAGGUGUUCCGGCAGCAGCACGGGGCCUUCAAGGCACAAGUGUCCCCAGUGCUCAAUGGCUCGUCACAGGAGCUGUCCCUGUGGGACGUGCAGGUGUCCCCAAUGGUGUCCCCAAUGUCCCCAAUGGUGUCCCCAAUGUCCCCAGUGCUCAAUGGCUCGUCACAGGAGCUGUCCCUGUGGGACGUGCAGGUGCUGCCCAAUUUCAACGCCAGUUACCUGCCCGUGAUGCCCGACGGCUCCGUGCUGCUCGUGGACGACGUCUGCCACCACUCCGGGGAGGUCCCCGUGGGGGCGUUCUGCCGCGUCCCCGGGUGCCACUCGGGGUGGCCGUGUCCCCUGAGCGCCCUGGAGGAGCAGAACUUCCUGUUCCAGCUGCAGGCGCCCGAGCGGCCGCCCUGUGACACCAAGGAGGGCCUGGAGGUGCCGCUGGUGGCCGUGGUCCGGUGGUCGACGCCGAAGCUGCCGUUCACCAACAGCAUCGUCACCCACUACCGGUGAGUGUCACCCGCUGUCACCUCGGUGUCACCUCGCGAUGUCCCCAAGCAGGGCCUGGAGGUGCCGCUGGUGGCCGUGGUCCGGUGGUCGAUCCCUAAAAAUUCCUUAAAAAAUUCCCAAGAAUUCCCGGCGUGGCCGGAACGUUCUGGAAUUGCAGGGAAGUCGCGGGGCUCGCUGGACUCCGUGGUGUGCCACACGCCGCUGACCAACCUGGGCUACUCCCGCAAGGGCAGCGCCCGCACCUUCCGCGUGGCCUUCCAGGCGCUGCGCGCCGGCCUCUUCGAGGUCAGUGCCACCUGUGCCACCUGUGCCACCCUCGGGGUCACCUGUGCCAUCUGUGCCACCCUCGGGGUCACCUCUGUCACCCCAGUGCCACCAGUGCCACCCCUGUCCCCGUUAUCCGUUCGUUACCCCGUUCCCAGUAUCCCCAGUAUCCCCGUUCCAGGCGCUGCGCGCCGGCCUCUUCGAGGUCAGUGCCACCUGUGCCACCCUCGGUGUCACCUCUGUCACCCCAGUGCCACCCUCGGUGUCACCUCUGUCACUCCUGUCCCCGUUAUCCCCAUCGUUACCCCGUUCCCAGUGUUCCCAGUAUCCCCAGUAUCCCCGUUCCAGGCGCUGCGCGCUGGCCUCUUCGAGGUCAGUGCCACCCCCGCUGCCACCUGUGCCACCCUCGGUGUCACCUGUGCCACCUCUGUCACCGCGCUGCCACCCCUGUCCCCGUUAUCCCCAUUGUUACCCCAUUCCCAGUGUUCCCAGUAUCCCCAGUAUCCCCGUUCCAGUCCAUUCCUGGUCACCUCUGCCAACCCCAGUGCCACCAGUGCCCUCCCAGUGCCCCAAACCCCAUCCCAGUGCCCCGAAUCCCCCCCAGCGCUCCCUCCCAGUGGCUCCCAGUCCGGCAGCGUCAUGGAGCGCAGGGCCAUCACGCCCCCCGUGGGGUCCCCCGUGGGCCGCCCCCUGUACCUGCCCGCGGGUGACAAAGCCGUGCUGGCCCUGGACAAGAUCGCCAAGAGGGAGUGCAAGGUGCUCGUGGUGCCACCCGUCAAGUGACAGCGGGGACAGCGGGGGACAGCGAGGGGACAGCGGGGGGACAGCGAGGGGACAGCCUGGGACA